AUGAAAGAGGCAAAAGAAAGAUUCCGUAAAAUUCAAGAAUUCCUGGACGGCAUACCAGCACAUGACAUGCACGUGCAGCCGUACUUCUAUGCUGUGAACAACUGCGACCACCAGGACGCCGGGAUAAAGGAGUUAAAGGAUGCGAUUUGGAAAACAACCAAGGCGCAGCCAUACUGGGAAGAAGAGCAGCCGUUGAGGUAUGUUCUGUUAGAGAGGAAGCUAAAGGAGAUCAGCAAAUCAAAAAAGUGCCUGAGCCUUGAACGUGUUUUCGAAUUUGGACACCUUUAUGGUCUUGAGAGCCUAGAGGUGAUAUUGUCCUUUUUGAAAUUCUGCUGUGACCUUGGGGAACUCGUUUUCUUCAAUGAAUCUGAUAUUCGUAAUAUCGUGAUCUUGGAUCCCCAAUGGCUGAUCGAUGCCUUUGCAUCCUUAAUAACUGUAGAAAAGUACCAUAAAGUGUCUAAACCAGACGUCAAGGGUUAUUGGAAGAUGCUUGAUGAUAGAGGAGAACUGGACGAACGGCUGAUUGACAGUGUGUGGGAACAAGACGCCGAGCUGAAGGAAAACAAAGAAAUCCUCCUACGUAUUUGUCAACGCUUUGACCUGCUGGUUGAACUACCGAAGGGACAAGACGAUCAGCAAAAGAAGAAGUAUUUAGUCCCUUGUGUGCUGAAAAGUCACCCAAAUCCAGAAAGCUAUUUGAAGAUACCCGAAUGUCCACAAGAAGGUUAUUUAAAGUUGCAGAGAAUCCCUCCAUUAUACCUGAUGUUUGAUGGUGGAUUCUGCCCCCCUGGUCUCUUUCAUCGCCUGGUGGUCUGCUGCUACAGGAAGUGGUCAUCUCACGACCAAAAUCCAUACUGCGACUAUGCAUGCUUCAAGGUGGACAGAUCAACUCACACAAUACUGGAGUUAUCAAACAAAGGAGACGGCAUCUUCCAGCUCAUCGUUGGCUCAUUGAAAACAGGUUUCAACGAUUUGGAGAGCGACAAUGCAUUCCAAGUUCUAACCUAUAUCAAGCAAGAGCUGGACCGCCUUAUCAGCGCCUACUCCCCUUACCUGAAGUACAGCAUUGGUUUUGGUUUUCCCAAAGGCUUGAAUAAGUUGACAGAAACCUUAAAGACUGAAAUGUUGGAGAGUGACGACGCGUGUCCACCUGGCUGUCCAGUGGUUAUUGAAACCGCCCCGUACAGGAAGUGGCUCAGGAAUAAUGAAAAUAAAGUCUUUCCAUCCACCAGAAUCGAUGUCUAUCCACCUGAUGACUUGGUGUGCGACCUUUCAAGAAGAAUUGGAGUUGAGUGGGAGGAAGUAGCUGCCUAUCUUGGAGUGGAGAGACCCCAGAUAGAUCAUUUCAAACUCAACUUCCCCAGUGACGCACUUGGUCAGAUUCGCAAUAUGCUGUUUCAGUGGAGAGAAGGAAUGGGGGCUAGCAGCAAAGAAGAGCGUCGAGACAAGCUGAAGGAAGCUUUGAGAAGAGCUCGUCGAAAUGACUUAGCAGACAAUCUUCCUCCUGAUCAAAACAAAGAUAAAUGUGUGUCUUGUAUAGUACGCAAAUGGUGACACAUUGUUUGUUUGUUUUUGUAAAAACAAA